AUGCACCCCGACAAGUCCAAAGUUCUUCUUUUUGGUAGCGGCGGAGUCGGUACAAUUGCAGCACUAAACCUCGAAGUUGGUGGUCAUGCAGAAGUCACAGCUGUGUUACGCUCAAACUACAAUGCUGUUAAAGAAAGAGGUUUUGACAUCGCAUCUUGCGACCAUGGCACACUAAAAGGAUGGCGACCCACAAAUGUCGUCAAUCAUGUCCCCAAGGUAUCGGAGAAGCAGUUUGACUACAUUGUCUGCACCACGAAGAAUCAGCCCGACUGUCCACCUGCUUUGACCGACCUCAUUGCUCCUGCUGUCCAGCCUGGCCGAACAGUGAUUGUUCUAAUUCAAAAUGGGCUUAACAUCGAGAAGCCGAUCUUUGAAGCAUUUCCCAACAACAUCGUUCUGUCAGGUGUUAGUAUGAUUGGAUCGCAUGAGACUCAGCCUGGUGUGAUUGAGCACGACGAUAAUGACCGGGUACUGAUCGGACCCUUCCGCAAUACCAAUCUCAAGGCAGAAGACGAGGAGGCCGCCGCGAGGGACUUUGUUCGUAUCUACUCUGCUGGCGGAAAGACUGACUGCGAGCUGCAACUAGACGUCAACUUUGCUAGAUGGCGAAAGUUGGUCUAUAAUGCUUGCUUGAACUCAAUCUGUGCUCUUACCGGACUGGACACUGGUCGCAUUCGACUCGCGGAUGGUGCGAUCGACGGACUGGUCAAACCUGCUAUGGAGGAGAUCAGAGCCGCAGCGAAAGCGGUCGGCGUGAACCUGCCCCCAGAUGUCUGUGACUUUAUGAUCAACAUCGAUCCCUUGACGAUGUACCUACCCCCUAGUAUGCUGGGAGAUAUUAGAAAGGGCAACUUCACCGAGUUCGAGAACAUUGUAGGAGAGCCUUUGAGGGUUGGUACUGCUCUAGGUGUUCCGAUGCCGACACUGCAGGUUCUCUACCAUCUGCUUCAGGCAAUCCAAUGGCGGACCAAAGAAGCCAAGGGCAAGGUUACGAUUCCGCCAAAGGGAACCUUUGUGGCUGAGUAG